AUGAACGGCCGCAACAGCCAGCCGGCGCGCGAAGAGGCAAGUGGAGGGCACCCGAGCGCAGCGCCUGAUGGCCGACAUCGCCCAGAGAGGUCGUCGACAUGGAGCAGGCCCUCGCCAACGUCAUGCCGAGCCCCAGCCGCGACGUGCUCCGUCAGGCGGCCACCCGCAUCGGCUUUGCCUUGCGCCUGCUCGGGCGGUGUCUUGGAUCGUCUCUUCUUCCCCCGCCAGGGUGGGGCUGCUGCGGGAGUUGGGGGUGGUAGUGGGGUUGUUGCUGGACCUGUUUCGGGCACUUGUUCUGCUGCUGCUGUGGCUGGCGCUAGUGCUCUCGGCUUGGGAGCCCGUGGCGGUUUUGUCUCUGGUGUUGCUGGUGAUGGUGAUGCUUACGCUGGUUCUGGUGGUCGUGGUCCUGUUUCGUCUGGUGUGGUUGGGUUGGGAUCUAGUGGCUGGGAUGCCGGCUCGGUUGAUGGUGACUCGAUCGGCGAUGACUCAACCGCCGUCGCUUCGUCCGAGCAUGGGUUUGCUAACAGACGUUGGGAUGGACGUUGUUGA